AUGAGUGCUGAAGAGUUCAAAAGCCAAGGGAAUAAAUCAUUUGCCGCUAAGGAUUAUGACAAAGCAAUAGAAUUAUUUACUAAAGCCAUAGAUUUAGACCCCUCAAAUCACGUACUCUACUCGAAUAGGUCAGCCUCGUAUGCAUCAUUAAAGAAGUAUGAUAAAGCUUUAGAAGACGCAAAUAAAACUGUUGAAUUGAAAAAGGAUUGGGCAAAGGGAUACAGUAGAAAGGGUGCAGCACUACAUGGUCUUGGGAAAUUAGAGGAGGCCCGUGAGACAUAUCAAGAAGGUCUUAGAUAUGAACCAAAUAAUGCUCAACUCAAAAAAGCACUUGAAGAGGUCGAGUCAAGCCCACCUAGUAAAAUAUUUCCCGAUGAUGUAUUGGUGAAAAUCGCGUUAAACCCACAAUUGAGAUCAUACCUUGAUCAACCUGAUUUCGUUGAGAAGAUUAAGUCGAUACAAAAUGAUUCCAAACAACUUAACACUCAUUUACAGGAUCCCCGUAUAAGGGAUGUAUUUAUGUACAUACUGACUGGUGCAACGAAUCCUUCAAGUGGCUCACGAGAUUCACCAGAACCUGAAGAACCUAAGCCGAGAGAAGAGAAAAAACCAGAUCCUGAACCACAAACACGUGACAUCCCAGACGAAAAAUCUGAAGAAGAGCUUAAGAAAGAAGCAGCUAAUAAAGAAAAAGAUCUUGGAAAUGCGGCAUAUAAGAAACGAGAAUUCGAAGAAGCACUAAGAUAUUAUGAUAAAGCUUGGGAAUUAGAUAAUACUAAUGCAUCAAUUUUAACCAAUAAAGCUGCUGUAUUGUUCGAGCAAGAAAAAUAUGAAGAGUGUAUUAAAGUUUGCGAAGAAGCUAUCGACGUUGGUCGCGAACAUCGCGCAGAUUUCAAAUUAAUUGCCCGUGCAUAUGGAAGAAUUGGAAAUGCAUAUCAUAAAUUAGGAAGAUUGGAUGAUGCAAUUAAAUACUAUCAAAAAUCAUUAACAGAACAUCAGAAAGAAGCUUAUCAUAAUCCUGAAUUAUCCGAUAAAGCUCGUGAAGAAGGAAAUGAAUUAUUUAAAAAAAAUGAAUUUGUUAAAGCUGUUACAAGCUAUACUGAAGCUAUUAAACGUAAUGAAAAAGAUCCAAGAGCUUAUAGUAAUCGUGCCGCUUGUUAUACCAAAUUAAUGGCUUAUCCUGAAGCAUUGAAAGAUUGUGAAACUUGUAUUAGUCUUGAUCCUUCUUUUGUUAAAGCAUAUAUUCGUAAAGCUGCUGUUGAAUUUUUAAAAAAGGAAUAUACAAAAUGUUUAGAAACUUGUGAAGCAGCUUUGAAACAUGAUGUGGAUGGUCAACAUGCUCUAGAAAUUACUAAACAAAUGACAAAAUGUCGUGAAGCCAUAUGGCAAGGUAAUUCUAGUGGUUCUCAAGAAAGUACUGAAGAAGCUCUAAGAAAGGCUGCAAGUGACCCUGAAAUCAUGAGAAUCCUUCAAGAUCCCGUUAUGCAACAAAUUCUUAAACAAAGUCAAGAUGAUCCUCGUGCUCUUAAAGAACAUUUGAAGAAUCCUAUCGUGGCAGCAAACAUUCAAAAGUUAAUCAAUGCAGGAGUUUUGAGGACUAAUUAG